AUGUCUAGUGUAGGAUCAGGUUAUGAUUUAUAUGUAUCAACAUAUUCACCAGAUGGUAAAUUAUUUCAAGUAGAUUAUGCAAAUAAAGCCGUUGAAAAUAGUGGUACACUCGUCGCAAUUAAAGCAAAAGAUGGUGUUGUUUUAGGUGUUGAGAAAUUAGUCCCAUCAAAAAUGUUAUGUUCAGGUUCAAAUCGUAGAGUUCAUCAUAUUGACACUCAUGUUGGUGUUGCAAUUGCAGGAUUUUUAGCAGAUGCAAGACAAUUGAUUACACGUGCUAGAAGUGAAGCAAAAAAUUAUAAAUCAACCUAUGGUCAACCAAUUCCAAUUAAAGUAUUAUCACAAAGAAUUGCAUCAUACAAUCAUAUGCAUACAUUAUAUGGUAGUGUUAGACCAUUUGGUUGUUCAAUUGCAAUCACUGGUAUUGAUCAAUAUGGUCCACAACUCUUUUUAGUUGAACCAUCUGGUUCUUGUGUUGGUUAUUUCGGUGCUUCACUUGGUAAAGGUAAACAAGCUGCAAAGAAUGAAUUAGAAAAGAUUAAAUUUUCAGAAAUGACUUGUCGUGAAGCAAUUAAAGAAGUUUCAAGAAUUAUUUACUCUGUUCAUGAUGAAGUUAAAGAUAAAGAUUUUGAAUUAGAAUUAGGUUGGAUUUCAACAGAAACAAACAAUGUUCACCAAAUCGUUCCAAAAGAAUUACACGAUGAAGCUGAAGCUUAUGCUAAACAAUCUUUAGAAGAUGCCAAUAUGUAA